AUGAGUUAGAUUGAUUCUAAGGUAAAAAAUGUAGCUUCCCAAAAUAUAAAAUACAUGGAAUUUGAUUUGAAAUACUACGAUUAAUUGAUAGAGUUUUAUCCUUAGAAUCUACCAAGAACACAUACUCCUUAGGGUUAUGAUUACUUGAUAGAGCCAAUAAAAUAAUAGGGGAUUUUAAUUGUAGGGUUAGUUUUAGCAAUAAUAUUUGGCAUUUAAUAUGCUAUCCUUUUCAGCUUUUUAAAUAUAGGUUACAUAAUUUCUAUUUUUAUUGGCACUAUUCACCUCUACUGCUUUUUCAUAGCUAAGAAAUUGUUUUUAUCAACUUAAAUAUCCUAUUCUAGCUUCAUUAUACGAAGAUACUUUUAAAAAGACUCAAUGAUGUAGUAUUUUUCUGGAGAUAGAAAGUUUUUUAUUGCAGUAGAUACUGAAAAGGAUUUGCUUGUGGCUAUGACUACAUAUGAUACUGAUUUUGAGAAUGUCUUAAAUUUACCUGUUAACGAAACAGGAGAAGUUAGCAGAGUUGCUGUAAGAAAGGAAUACGAAGGAAGAGGUAUUGCAAGCUAAAUUAUGAAAAUGGUAGAAGAACAUGCAAAAAAAAUAAAUAGAAAGUAUUUAUUUUUAGGCAAAUUAAGCUCAAAUAAACAUGGAAACAAAUUCUAUUAAAAACAAGGUUUUAAAUUGUCUAAAAUAUCAGAAUAAAGGCCUUUCAUAUUUGCUAUUUUAGGAGUAUAAGUAAUAUUAAUGUAAAAAGUAAUUUAAUGA